UGGCUGCUGCCUGUGUCCGUGACUCAUCUUUCCCAGGUACAAAUUGGCUGCCACUCCGAUGAUCUCAAUGGAGCCAAGAAGCUUUGCCGAGCACCUGUGGUGAUUCACAGAUGCUGCCUGGACAGACCAGAGCUGUCAGUCUCCUCCCUCUGGGGGGGGCUCAUCUAUAUUCUUGUGCCUCAGGGCAGCAACCUGGGUCCUGUGUCUAUCACCAUCACUGGAGCUGUGCCUGCCCCUUACUUCAAGCUGGGAGAGACUAAUCUGGAAGAGUGGAAGAGCUUCAUACGCUACCACCCAGUGCCCUGGGGAGAGCUGGCGACAGACAACAUCAUCUUAACAGUGCCAUCUGAACAUCUUCAAGUCCUGGAAGACCCAGAGCCAUUGCUUCAUCUCUGGGAUGAGAUGAUGGGAGCUGUGGCCCGACUUGCAGCAAAACCCUUCCCUUUCCCUCGUCCUGAGAGGAUCGUGGCUGAUGUACAGAUCUCAGCUGGCUGGAUGCAUUCAGGAUAUCCCAUUAUGUGCCAUAAGAAGUCAGCAGAGGAAAUAGUCAAUGAGAAGAAAAUAAGGUCUGGUGGCCUCUGGGGCCCCAUCCAUGAGCUUGGCCACAACCAGCAACAACAGGUCUGGGAGUUCCCGCCACAUACAACUGAGGCUACCUGCAACUUGUGGUCUGUCUAUAUACAUGAGAUGGUGUUAGACAUCCCCCGGGGCCAGGCUCACCCUGCGCUGACUCCCUCAGAUAGGGAGACCAGAGUACGAGAAUACCUGAGGAAAGGGACGCCUUUGAAAGAAUGGAGUGUUUGGACAGCGCUGGAGACUUAUCUGCAGCUACAGGAAGCCUUUGGCUGGGAGCCCUUCAUUCAGAUCUUUACUGAGUAUCAGACCUUAUCUGGGGUACCCAGAAACAAUGCUGGAAAGAUGAACCUGUGGGUGAAAAAGUUCUCAAACCAAGUGCAGAGGAAUCUGGCUCCUUUCUUUCAGGCUUGGGGCUGGCCUGUCCAGGAGGAGGUGGCUGCUUCUCUAGCCUGCCUGCCUGAAUGGCAGGAGAACCCCAUGAACACGUACCUUCUCAUGGAGAAUUAA